AUGUCCAAAAAACCUUCUAAUUUAUCUUCUAAAAAUUCACAAUCGGACUCAAACGAACAUCGAUCACCAGAAAAUCCACUUUUGGCACAAUUUGCAUAUGCAACAGCUCCUGGUUAUAAGCCACAACCUCAAGCAACAACAUCAAACUCUACAGCUUCUGCUAAUCAACCAACAAAAACUGGUUCAAAUACACUCAUACCAUUGCCAGCACAACCAGUUAAUUUAGCUACAUUUAAAGAUUUGAAAUUCAUUACACUUGAUGAUUUACUAGUAGAAACACGUGAGAUCUAUGACGACAUUAGUGGUACAUUUGAAUGGGAAAUGUGUCAAAAUCAAGAAGAUCGAUGUAUAAAUUAUAUUCGUGAUAAAUGUACUAAUAAUCGAGUAUUUUUUAUUACGUCUGGUGGACUUGGAAAAAGUAUUAUACCUAAAAUUCAUGAUUUACCACAAGUUUAUGCCAUUUAUAUUUAUUGUGCAGAUGUUUUGUAUCAUCAAGGAUGGGCAUGUAAAUUUUCAAAAGUACGUGUUGUUUGUAAUAAUGACGAUCAAUAUUUAUUACCUCAAUUUGCUGUUGAUGUGGCACAAGCUAAUAUGGAUUGGGGAGAUGCACUUCUCAAGGAUGGUAAACGUGAUGCAGCUAAAAAAAAAUUUGAAAAAGCAGAUGAAAAUUUGACUAAACAUGCUAGAAUUCCUGAUCCAGUAAUGGUAAAUCAAGUAAAAAGUAAAUUAGCUGAAUGCAAAUAA